AUGGCGACCCCCGCAGCGGGCGCCGACCCUCGCGGCGAGCAGGCGGGCGAAUACCCGAGGGUCGCUCCGCUGUCCUCGUCGCAGUCGAGCGGUCCUGCGCCUUCUGCGCCGCCUGCAGGGGCCCCGUUGGCGCCCGCAGCGUCGACGUGGCUCGUCGCCGCCGUGGUGCUUCUGCUGACGCUGCCUGUCGGAACUCUGCUGGACGGCCUCUUCUUGACGCCCGGCGCGCGCACACCUGGUGGCGCGCCGCUGUCGGGGGCCUCGCCGGGGCUGUGGGACCGUCUCUUCACGCCAGACAAUCCCCUGCCUAGCAACUUGGCUGACUUCUUGAGUUACCAACUGCAGCACCUGCCAGGGUUCCACAUUGUCGCUGUCGACUACCAGCCUGCCUUGUUCUUCCGCGCGCUCGGCAAGCUGCUCGACGUCCUCUGCUGGGCUUCCCUCGCGCUCGUCGUCUUCAUCCGACCAAUCUGCGCCUUCUUUGGCUGGACUGCGCCGGUCGCGGAGCGGCGCGCAGGCGAGCAGCCGCGGCUGCCCGACUGGGCGGAGGCGCUGGAGACCAACCGCGUGACAGCCAUCAUCUCUGCCUUCUUCGGCGCACAGGUCCUCAGGUCGCUGCUGAUUCCCAGCAACGCCUUCGAGAUCCACUUCGGGCAGAACUUGCUGUGGUCAACGCUGCAAAACGGGCGCAUGCCCAACGGCCGCGACAUCCUUCGCGGUCUCGAGGCCCUGGGCGUCCGCGUCGCCGACCCCAUGUAA